AUGAGUGACCUUUCACAUGAUGCAAAAGAGUCGGGAAUGUGGCUAAUAUAUACAAUAAGUAUCUUGAGUAAUUUUGCCACAACAAUGGUCAUUUUGUGGAUGAUAGCGAAAAAGACUUCACAUGUAGUUCCCACUCGCUUGGUGCUAAAUUUACUGGUGGCAGACUGGAUUCAAAGUGUCAGCUUUAUGAUGAGCAUGUAUUGGACGGCAUGGGGUAACGUCUAUACAGAUUUAGCGGCUAAUGGAUUGUUUCAAAAAAGAUUUCCACGUGAAUUUUACGUGGUAGCAGCUUGCCUUUUCGCGGCGAACGGACUCACCGACAGUGUAAUUUAUGGCUGUAUAUCUUAUGUGGCAUCCUCCAAACCAUUGAUCGAGCACCACAACACAAUCCCAGAAGACAAGUCAAAAGGCAAAAAAAAAAGUGACAACAGCACUCGCGAAUCGAAAAAAGCAGUUGUUUCGAACUCACAAGAAUCUUUUUUCGAAAACAAGGAUGUAUAUGAAAUAAACAAUGCCAGCAACACCAGCUCGAAUACUUUUUUUCCGUUUGCUUCUUCUUCGCGAUCUCCAGAAUCAGGUAAUAAUAUACAUGUAUCAGAAAAUAGACCACCUACCACCAAUGUUCCUAUUUAUGAGCUUGUGCAAAGUUCAAGUUCUAAUUUUUAUUUCAUGUGA